AUCUGAAACAAAACUCACCAAUUUCAAAUACUGGUAGUUGCCCGUUCGUGAUGGCUGGCCUGGGGUCAGUUUUUUCAUUCAUUUCCACAGAAGUUAAACUUGAGGACGUAACGCAUAACUGACGGUUGACCAGCUGAAAAAGGCUGUCAUCGCCACCCCGCAGGAAGAAUGAAUCAUGGGACACCGUUGCUGUGGAUACGACGGACCAUCUCCGGUCUGAGCGCCACGCGGCGCGGGGGGCUUCCCAAAGAGAAGCUGUCCGAGAACGGAGUGACGCCCCGGGUCAAAGUGCUGACCGUGGACAGCAUGAACCCGGCGGUGAAGAAGGUGGAAUACGCCGUGAGGGGACCCAUCGUGCAGCGUGCCUUGGAGCUGGAGAAGGAGCUGUCGGAGGGAGCGAAGAAGCCAUUUGGUGAAGUCAUUAAGGCUAACAUCGGUGAUGCGCAUGCUAUGGGCCAGCAGCCAAUCACUUUCUUCCGACAGGUCUUGGCGCUGUGCUCAUACCCUGAACUCCUGAAUGCCAACAUAUUCCCAGAGGAUGCUAAAAGUAGAGCAUACCGUAUCCUGCAAUCCUGUGGAGGGAACAGCAUGGGUUCCUACAGUGCCAGUCAAGGAAUCGAGGCUGUGCGUCAGGAUGUGGCCAGGUAUAUUGAACGACGGGAUGGCGGUGUGCCUUGUGACCCAGACAAUAUUUACCUCACCACAGGGGCCAGCGAUGGCAUCAUGACCAUGCUGAAGCUGCUGGUCUGUGGCGACGGAGUGAACCGUACAGGUGUUAUGAUCUCCAUACCUCAGUAUCCCCUGUACUCGGCAGCGCUGGCUGACCUGACAGCUGUGCAGAUCAACUAUUAUCUUAACGAGGACAAGUGCUGGAGUCUCGAUAUCGAUGAGCUGCAGCGAGCCCUGGAGGAAGCCCGAUGCUACUGCAACCCCCGAGCCCUGUGCAUCAUCAACCCCGGAAACCCAACGGGUCAAGUUCAGACCAGAGAGAACAUUGAGGAUGUUAUCAGAUUUGCUGCUAAAGAGAAUCUCUUCUUAAUGGCCGAUGAGGUGUACCAGGAUAAUGUGUAUGCCGAUGGCUGUCAGUUCCACUCUUUUAAGAAGGUGCUAUUUGAGAUGGGACCAGAGUACUCCGACACUGUGGAACUGGCUUCCUUCCACUCCACCUCCAAAUGUUACAUGGGAGAGUGUGGUUUCCGCGGAGGCUACAUGGAGCUCAUCAAUGUUGACAAUGAUGUGAAGGCCCAGCUGACCAAACUGGUGUCAGUCCGUCUGUGUCCACCUGUACCUGGACAAGCUUUAAUGGACUUGGUGGUUAACCCGCCCCAGCCUGGUGAACCUUCAUACAACAGCUUCAUUAAGGAGCGUACAGCCACCCUACGUGCCUUAGCGGAGAAGGCCAAGCUUACAGAGCACAUCCUGAAUACUGUGCCUGGAAUCAGCUGUAAUCCUGUGCAAGGUGCCAUGUACUCCUUCCCCCGCAUCACCAUCCCCGAGAAGGCCGUCAAAGAGGCUCUGGCCAAAGGUCAACUUCCUGAUUUGUUUUACUGCUUGAAGAUGUUGGAGGAAACGGGGGUCUGCCUUGUACCCGGAAGUGGCUUUGGCCAGAAGGAUGGAACAUACCAUUUCAGAAUGACCAUUUUGCCACCAAAAGACAAGCUGAAGAUCCUGUUGAACAAAGUGAAGGAAUUCCAUCAGAGUUUCACCAAGCAGUACUCUUAAAUUUCAAA